UAAGAGCCAAUCAUAACUGCGGCAAGCAGCCUGCAGACAGGCAAAGGGCACCUUCUCCCGACCGAGACCAGUAAACAAUGCAGGUACAGCGUUUGACGUGGGACGCAUCUGUCUAGUGCUUGUCAGGUUAUAACAGACUCUCAGGCGGGCUCGACUUCAAAUCUCUGUACACGUCUCCGGUAAAGCAAGCUGUGACUGUCGCCUGCCAGCUCGCUAAAGCUGGCGCUGUUUUCCAGCUUACCAUCGCUGCAUCUACCCCUGCAGUAUCACUACUGCGGGAACCAAGGACGAAGUUGUUGGUCUCCUUAGUCUUGUGAUUUUUUAUCUGUCGCACUCUGAAGACAGAUGCUGCCUUAUUAAGACUUUUAUUUCAAAUAGUGACAACAACUGACUGAAACGGUAUAGGACAUUUUUAUUUUAAUUUAAAUUUAAAAUCUGAAGAAGCGAAUUAGUCACGAUUAUUAACCAAAUCGUGGCAAUUGCUGGGUGAGCGGCACUUAGGUAUAUGCCAGCCCCAUCAUCAGGACCAACGACAGCGGCAUUGUAAAAACUAAUGAUCAACAACUGAUGAAGCAGAAAGAAAUGCAUUACUAAUACAUUAAUGCAGGUAUCGAUGAUUUAUUAAAGCAAAUCGUCUAACUAGCACUUGGGGUAGGGGUCUCUGCUUGAUCAGGUUUAGGUCAGGGGACGUUUAAUUCUGCUUAUUUCUUCCUGCUUUGAUUUAUGACUCGGGUCGAGUCCGAGUGGUGCAGCAGCCUGAUGAAAGGGAUACAUGAUCCGUUAAGGCGGAGGUGAAGCAGUACGGAGACAGCUAGACAUAGUAUCGGUGGUGCAGCAACUGCUUCUUUUUGUUACUGUUUUUUGCGAUCAUUCUUGAUUUCCCCAGUCAACAAGUGCCGCUUCUACAGUACAGUAAAUAUGGCAACUCUGUUGCGGAAAAUAGGGUUGAUACGCCUGCACGAAAGAGAUACGGAUGAUCCUAAGCAUCAUCAUCAUCAUCAAGGGUCGCUGAAGGGAAACAGAGGGCAUCAGAAGAGCAACAAUAAAUAUAACAGCCCAGGCACAGACAACACAAACAUCAUCCACCAGGGCGACAAGAACAAGAAAAGUGGCGAUUCCCAAAAAGACAAGCAAUCCAACAAGGAGAAACAUUCUAACGUCAAGGAAAGUAAGGAAAGGCAGCAAGGUGGCAAUAAGACAGGCAGCUCGUCUACCGCUGUGCAGCAGCUGUCCACGGUGUCGCAGCAGCAUUCACUUAUCCCCGUCAGGCAGAACUGCGGUCAAGUGAGGACGAGAAGGCUGAUGAAGGAGUUGCAGGACAUUAAGAAGCUUACGGAUCAGUUCAUCACGGUGGAACUGGUGGAAGACAACCUAUACGAGUGGAAUGUCAAGUUACACCAAGUAGACAAGGAGUCCGCACUUUGGCAGGACAUGAAGGAAACCAGUACAGAGUUCAUCCUGCUCAACCUGUCCUUCCCGGACAAUUUCCCAUUUUCGCCGCCUUUUGUAAGAGUGCUGAGCCCCCGCCUAGAGAAUGGCUAUGUGCUGGAUGGAGGGGCCAUAUGCAUGGAGCUUCUCACGCCGCGUGGCUGGUCCAGUGCAUACACAGUGGAAGCAGUCAUGAGGCAGUUUGCCGCCAGUUUGGUAAAAGGACAGGGUCGAAUCUGCAGGAAAGCUGGGAAGUCACGAAAGGCCUUCAGCCGUAAGGAGGCAGAAGCAACCUUCAAAAGUCUGGUGAAAACCCACGAGAAGUAUGGCUGGGUCACUCCUCCUGUGUCAGAUGGCUGACUGUCUGAGGGCUGACAGAAUGCUAGAAAAACAACAUGUAUCAUCUCAACAUCUUCAGUGCCAACCAUUACCCAUCCUUUUGUACUUCAGCUUUAGUGAACUAUCACAAAAGUCUGCAAGAUUGUUAACUUAAUUAUGAGCAGAUGUGUUUACAGUGAAAAGUAUUUAACUGGAUCAUGCUUCACAGCUGGUGAAUGCUUGCCUUAAGCUUUUGAGGAAUGGAUAAAUGACAUCAUCUUGUUUUUUGUUUCUUUCCAUGUUAGUGACAUCAUUGAACAACAUCAGAAAUUCCAUCCACUGCUGCUCCACUCAUUUAAAUGUAAAUGAGGCAAUUAAUAUUUAAUAGGCAAGCAACAUGUUCCAGGUCCAUGGCUGCUGUGCAUUUCUUUUUCCUUUAUUAGCAGGUCAAACCAAGAUUGUCCUUUAUGCAGAGCUGUGCUCUUUUAUGGCUAAAUUUAGAUCUCUCUGUGCAGUGUUGAAGGCCAUUCAUUAAUGAUACCUGCAGACAGCCCUGACACAUUAAGGGUCAGAACAGAUCCAGGAAGAUUUUGCUUCAGAAGGAGACUGAGAGAAAAAACUAAGAUAACUAUUAUUAUUUGGAUUAUAAAUUGUACGGCUGAUUGCUGGUGCUUUAUAAUUAUUUUAUGCUGUCAGUGUGAAAAUAGAUGUUUUAUAUGAAACACUUUAUUUAAUUAGUAAAACUAGCACAAUCUCCUCUGUCCUCUUUUUUUCCCCUUUUUUCUUCGCUCUCUUUCUCUUUUGCUGUCUCUCAUCGAUCAGCAUGUGACUGUCAAGUCAGGCUUAUGCACACAGACCUUCUCAAUGAAAUUACCACUUUUUCAGUAUCAUUUAAUUUUCCUUAGACUUCUUCAUCUCUUUCUGUUUCUCUCUCUCUAGUCCUGUAUCUGUUUUCUGUCUUCUUUCACGAGCUGUUUCCUGCUUUUUACUAUUCUGCCUAUGUUCUUUCCCUUACAGUUGUCUUUGUCUCACCCUCCCCAUCUCUCUCUCUCUCUCUCUCUCUCGCUGUCUCCUUUGCCUUUUUUCCUAGGUACAGAUUGGGCUGUGGAGAAUGCAUGGUUGUAGCCCUGUGCUCUGCUAUGUUGCAGCAGAGAUAGACAAAUUAAAAUCUCUGUGCUUCGAUAUCUACUGUGCUGUAAUGUAGUUAUAUUAAAAAGGUACUAAUAAAGUAAGUUGUGGGCAGAACAUUCAGGGAAGAAAAUAGUUGUGCCAGGCUGUAAAAUAAAUUAUUUAAAACUGCUUGCAAAAAAUUGCUUUUAAAGGGCAAGGCUUUAAUCUGAUAGUAGCAAGGAAGGGAAGGUACGAGGCAGCAAUUUUCUGUAAAGACAAUUAGGUGAGAGGGCUGGUGUCUGAGAAGAAGAGAAAUAACCAUGCCAGUUGAAAAAAGAGAGCUUUUCAAAAGUCACAAAUCACAGUGAGAUUGUUUCAGUACUUAAAGACCAUGUUUGUUUCAUAUUGCCUCGUGGCUGCAUUUUUACAGUAAGUGAUUAAGUAGUUGAAGCUGACAGAAAUGUAAUGAUGUGAUGCAAAAAAGAAAGAAAGAAAGGCCCUGGUGUUGGCAUUUUUUUUUAUUCAGUCUUUUUUUAUUGAUUAACUAUGGCCUUCCUUUACACAUGUUGCCACAUCUGUGAUUUCAUGAUUUCCAAGCACUCAAAGUAUAACAUUUCACUUUUAAGAUAUGGUUAAUGAUUGGGAAUUGGGAAAUAAAGGAACAAUCAGCCUUUAAAGAGCAAGAUCUUAUAGCACCUCAUUAUGCCAUGUGCUCAUAUACUGAAAUGCCAUGUUCUAAUCAUUCCAAACCUGUUUUUCCCAUUUCUUCAUCCAUGUAUUGCUUUUGUCCGAAGCUGGAUGGUUUCACUGUGUUCUUUAAUAAUUACUUGUCUGAAGAAAUAAAAUCCUUGUCCCUGUGGAAAGGAUGAAUUUCUACACAGGCCUAUCAAACUGAAAGAAAACCCGGAUGCCUAGGUACUCACAAAUUGUCUACAGUUUACCAUUGGUAAUAAUAGAAGAUUUUCUUUGUUGGCUAGGUUUUGUGAUGUGCUGCUGGCAAAAAGCUGAGAGAUUAUACUGUACUGCUUACAUAAAAGUAGAGCUUAAUGAGAGAGCAGUGGCUGCAGUUUCUUCCAUGUCAGAUACCUCAGAAUUAUAUUUAGGAAACAUGGAUUCCACCUUCUUCGCAUGGAUCUGGCAGUUAAAAGUUUGAUGUGUGAAGACAAAAUUAAGCUCACAUUGUUUUAAUAGUUAUAAAAUAUAAAGAAGCUUUUCACUAAUGAUUCUGAAAAUAUAUUGCAGGUUAAUAAAGGGGAUGGCUAUAUGAAAGACAGUUUAAUUUGUUGUGCACUAACAAAUGUUUUUAAAACUCAGGAGGACUACCUUUUCUGUAAAAUGGAAGGGUAGCUGCUAAAGUGCUUCACGCUGCAGUCCUUGGGUUGGUCAUGUCUGUCUUCACUUGCAUAUUAUGUGACUAUAAGCAAAUCACUUAAUUUCAAAGUGCCGUCUCAGGUUACCCAUGAAAAGAAUAACUUGUACAUAUUAACUUAUUUGGUUAACAUAUAAAAAUACACCACUUGUUUGUUUACAAAUGUAUGCAUUCAUCCAACCUGUGAAGCCUGAGGUAUGAUAUAUUUGAACAUGUUCAUUUAGGCAGUUGUGUACACCUAAACAAAGUCAGGAUGAUUGAGUUUGUUUGGUAUUUUGUACAAUGGUCAAGAGUUAAACCUUUGAAAUUCAAGCAGCAAGCUUCAAGUGAGGCGGUGUAAACAUGGGGUAGCUUUUUUGUGCGCACUUGACCAAAAGACAAUUCAGUGAAAUCUGUCUUUUUGUGAAACAAGUGGCCCAAGGUUUCCCUAAAUGCAAAUCAAGUUGAAAAACAAUUUUUCCUACAUCCUGUCAUGUGUUUCCUAAGGGAAACACUUGUUGAGUAGUUCUUUUACUGUGCCCUCACAUACAAGCACUUAAUAAAGUCAAAUUCAGGAUCACCGUAUUUUGUAGGAAAGCAUGCAUAUUUUUUGUUCCAGGCUUGCUAUUUUAUGAAAUAGCCUCAUGAAUAAACUAGACUUAAUAAAAAUUGA